AUGGAAAGUAAAAGUUUGCUUAAAGCAUAUGAUGUUAUGAAGCUUCGUUUCCCCUCGCUAAUUACAAUGGUGGAGAAAGAAAUGUCAAAACACUACGGAGGUAAUGUCAAAGCUUAUUAUCCUUUCCCUCUAAACGUGAGUAUCGAUUUGUUAAAUAUGAGUGUCGCUAACACAGCCUAG